UUUGCAAAUAUACUACGCACACACCGAGCCGCACUGUUUUCUCGUGUUGUUUAACUCUCAAAGUAAACAAUGAUUUUACUUUAAAAGAACAAAUUACGUGUUUCCGCUGUUCGUGUGGCUAACUUUCUUCGAUGCACCCGUCGCUAGCUAAACAAACAUGGCUGUGCUGCGCUUUCGGACAACGCGUCUUAACUAGACAGACGACAAUGCGUCGGUAAACGAGACUCAUGCCGAACGCUAUGCCCUAGAUGGAGACUCGGUGUGUUGUGAAGCUGGUUAGUGAAGCGUAGCGUUUUGCGACCGUGUUGACGCGCAGUGAGGCCAGUAGCUCCCCCGGUUGGCUAAUGCCAGCUAGCCAAAAUGGACCUUGGAACAAUGUUGUACAACAAUUUAAAAGAAGUAACGUGGAGCACGACGUCCCUGCCAUUAGAUCAACUCGUCAGCGCAUACAGGCUGCCACAAAUUGCUAAGCUGGACAACGGUCAGUUGGUGGAAGGGCUCAGAGACAAUGACUACCUCUUGAUUCAUUCCUGCCGUCAGUGGACGACGAUCACCGCUCACAGUCUCGAAGAGGGCCACUAUGUCAUUGGGCCCAAAAUAGAGAUCCCAGUACACUAUGAAGGCCAGUUUAAGCUACUGGAGCAGGACAGAGAUGUCAAGGAACCUGUCCAGUACUUCAACAGUGUGGAGGAGGUGGCCAAAGCAUUUCCCGAGAGAGUGUAUGUCAUGGAGGACAUCACUUUCAAUGUUAAGAUGGCUUCAGGGGAAUGUAAUGAAGACACAGAAGUUUACAACAUCACUCUGAGCACCGGCGAUGAACUGACAUUAAUGGGCCAAGCUGAGAUCCUCUACGCCAAGUGCUUCAAAGAAAAAUCUAGAUUCAACACCAUUUUCAAGAAGAUUGGGAAGCUGAACUCAAUAAGUAAGAUUGGUCGAGGCAAGAUGCCGUGUUUGAUCUGCAUGAACCAUCGCACCAACGAGAGCAUCAGCCUUCCUUUCCAGUGUAAAGGCAGAUUCAGCACUUGUAGUCCUCUAGAGCUUCAGAUGCAGGACGGCGAGCACAUCAUCAGGAACAUUGUAGAGAAAACUCGUCUCCCAGUCAAUGUCACGGUACCCAGCAGUCCACCACGCAACCAGCAUGACCUCCACCUCAUCCGUGAGGGCCAUCGCUAUAAACUGGUCAACAUUCAGACAAAGACGGUGGUUGUGUGCUGCAUUCUGCGAAGCAACAAAAUAAUCCCCAUCCAUUUUCCCUUUCAUAUGGCCAUGCCUAGAUUCAUUAUUCCAGAGGAACUGCUGCAGGGAGAGUUGUGGCUAGAAACUAUGGUGCAUCGCUGGUUCUCCUUCUGCCAGGAGCAGUUUGACAUAGACUACUAUUCCCGCGCCGUGCGGAAUGUGCGGACAGACUGGAACGACGAUGGUAAGAGUCCUAAGAAAAGCAGUGGGAAUGGUAGUUGCAGCGGAGGCAGCAGCAGCUCCAAUGGGUGUCCCGGUCACAUGCAGAUUCCCAGCUCUUUAACUUAUGCCCGGGAUGAGCUCACCCAGUCCUUCCACAGACUCUCUGUGUGCGUAUAUGGCAGCAACCUGCAUGGAAACAGCGAGGUCAACUUACAGGGCUGUAUGACACUGUGUGGGGAUUGGGCUCUUCUGCCCUCCGAUAGCAUUCCUUCAGACUCUGGAGAAAAUGACAUUUUUUUCCCUGAGCUGCUGGACAGCACAAGCCAACAACCGCCCUUCAACAAAUCGGAUGUUCCGUAUGAGGAGCUGUGGUUAGAUCACUUGAGAGGUCAGAUCCCAAAACCCUCUUCAAGUGAGGGAAUCCGAGGCAUCAAUAAUGGCUGCGGCACAACAGCAACCCUGUCAUACCCAGUCACUUGUCCUCUUGGAGCAAUAACCAGUUCGGAUGUCGCUCUUACCCCACCACCGGUCCCACCCAAAUCUGAAGCUGUGAAGGAAGAAUGUCGUCUGUUGAACGCCCCACCAAUCCCUCCACGAAGUUUGAAACAGAUGCCAUUGGUGCCGAUCCUGUCAAAACCUCGGCAGCAAGAGACUCGUUCUCCGAGUCCAACUCUCUCCUAUUAUUCCUCUGGUCUCCACAACAUAAGUGGAGCAUGUGAAGAAGAAGCAGCCGACCCACAAGAGCAAAGCCACAUGUGCUACCCCUGUAACUGGGUUAAAUCAAACAGCACUGAGCCAAAUGACUCUUUGCCCACUGGUAGCCUGUCACUAGAUGGGAUGUCCUCCAGGUUGUCUUGGCCAAACAAUUUCAGUGUAGGAGAAUCACACUGCAUGGAGGAAUUUCUACCAGCUAGCUGUCGGAGUUACUACAGUUACCCUAGGAAGAGAUCCCCAAGCACCCCAAAAACCUGUACCUCAAGCCUUGUCGACUUUGAAGGCCGAGAUCACGCACAAAGCAGUAAGGACUUCAUGUUGCAGAAUGCUUCUCUGAAUCAGGUCUGCACAAAAUCUUCGAGUUACAAUUCAGAGGUGUACAGAGACAAGCCAAUAGAAGAAUCUAACACCAAGCAGAGCCUCUCUUGUCCCAUUUUACCCCCGAGAACACCCAAAUCAAAUGCCAUAAAGAACUGCACAGACUUCAUGCCAGUGUCAGCUUGUGACGCAACGCAGGAAACUUCAGAUUGUUCGCUUACUCAACAGGAGCAGAGUACCAAAGAGAUAUAUUCCAUCUGUGAUUCAUUGACUCCCAACUGUUCAUCCGUGUCGGCCAGUGCACAGUGGCAGCCUCCGUCCAGCCUUGCUGGCCUCUCCAUUGAAGAGAUGUCCAAAUCUCUGAGAUUCAUUGGCCUGCCAGAUGACAUUGUUACUCUUUUUGUGUCUGAGAAGAUAGAUGGCAAUUUACUCCUGCAGCUUACUGAGGAGAUUUUGUCAGAGGACUUCAAGCUAAGCAAACUGCAGGUGAAGAAACUAAUGCAGUUCAUAAACGGAUGGAGACCCAAGAUAUAACUAUAGUAUGUGACACUAACGCCUGCUGUAAAGCAGAGCAAGACAUGCCUUCAGUAUAUAUGCUAUGCACACCAAGCCACAAAGAUUUUCUUUCGUAUAAUAUGAAUUUAUUUACUUGUAGGGUUCCUGUCAACCCACAAACAAAAUCUGUGACUGCUAUUUACUUACUAUAUGAAGUCAUGUGGCACUUUGAUGAAGACAUUUUUAUGUUUUUCACCCACAGAAAAGUCAGUAUAUAAACUUUAAAUCCAAACAGAGAUGAGGAGAGGACAGGAAACAAUAUAAUUAAGAAUCUGCUUGAUUACGAUAUGGGUAAUUAUGUUCUUCAAGGUAAAUUGCGAAUUUAAUGAUUUUUAAAAGAGUACACAUUGGACUGUAGUAUAUGUUUAUUUAACACACUGAAACUGUUAAAAACCGUUAUAGAUAAAAAGUUGCAAAUUUUGCUGAAAAUAACAACUCCCACAAAAUUAUCACAUUUGUUUUAUUAAAAAAAUCUAAUUAUAAACUUUCGUCUCGAGCAUCUUACUAUAUAGUUACAAUAAGUGACGUAUGAUGUAUGCACUGUAUUGGUUUUAUGUAUGGGAUAUAGUCCCAAAGUUUUCACGUGGGACUUCUCUUACUGAAACGUGAUUGAAAGUUACUGAAAGUGCAUCAUAAAUCAGUCAUCAACAGUUGAUUUAGCCUUUAUGCUGCUAACAUGUAAUAAAAUUAGGGCUUGACCGAUAUGGAUUAUUUUGGGAGUUGAUGCCGAUACUGAUAUUAGGGAGUUCUUCCGAUACAUAUCGAAUGAUAUAUAUUUGAGAGUAAUGGGCACUCGUUCCAAAGUUCUCCCUUAAGACAAGAAAAUGUAACCUAUGAAAAGGAUUGAAUUGAUAUUUGCAGUUUAUCCAUAAACAUUAGUUUAAAUAACUACAAAUAGGAAGAAAAAUCGAAUAGAAUCAAAUAUGUAGAACUUGAAUUUAGAAUAUAAACAUGUUCACAUUGUCCUUAAAAAUGUUAAAAUUUUUCACCGAUACGUCGUCAGGGUAAAAAAAAUCUACUAGUGCUCUUUUAAAAAUCAACCCUUCUAACCUGGUUUUUAGAGUUUCAUCUGCAUUAGAAAACUCUUGUUUAACUUAUCUACAUGGCAAGAAUUAGACAGUGCUGUAACCCUAUUGUAUCUGAUGGAUGUACAAUUCCUUUGGCAGUUAAUUGGGAAAAGUGGGAUCUGAGGGCGGCCUACAGUGUUGAUAAACUGUUGUUUUCUUUCUUCUUUGUUGCAUGCAUUUAAACCAACAGGGGGUUGUUAUAAGAAAUUACAUCUCUAUUCUGUGUGUAACAUUGUCCACUACAGACCAUGUUAGUUAAGAGCCAAAUCAAAUGAUGGUUUCUGAAGAGAUGUUGUAUCUGUCAACUCUUGUCAUGCAAGGUCUUAUUUCUCUUUGAUGCCUUUUUAAUAUGAAAUUGAAUUAAUCUACAUAACUACUUAUUUUUACCUAAAAAAACAUCUCAAAGUUGAGGUUAUUUAUCACAAAAAAGAAAUUGUCUCUUUACUCUAAAAACUAACAUGCAUCAUGCACUUUUAAAUUGUGUUGAUUAAUUACUUGCAGUUAAGGUCAUAAAAUAUAAACCUAUAAAAGAAUAAUGUCUGUGUUGAAGGAGAGUGAAUGCACUACAUACUUUUUCAUAACUAAAAAGGUACGUCUCCAGUGUCCUCAUUGUCUGUAGUAAAUAUGUCCUAAUGCAAGAAACAAGUAAAAAGCUUUUUCGCGCCUUAACCCAGAGCCCUUCAAAUAUAUAUGUGAUAUUUCACUUUAGCUAAAGGUUUUCAUUUUACCAGUCUCUCGUGAGAAUAUGCUCUAACAUCUCAUCGUGAACUGAGGGAAUGUUGUCAAGUGUGUAUCACAACCUUCAGAGACAUGUGAGCUAAGAUUAAAAUUUAUGUGUGCGAUAUUGACAAAUAAUGGUUUUUAUAUGCGGUACUUUUAUCCCCCUUAUAGCCUUGAUUCAGAAUCGAUUUAUUUAUGCAGUUAUUUGACAUACAUGAAAUAUGCAGAACAGUUAUUCUUCGACCAUUUGUGUUGGUGAUAUAUGAAGGGUGCCUCAGCAACCAACAGCUGUUGUUUUUCCCCCGGUCACUAUCUGCAGUGGGGUGUUACAUAGUUUUCUUGAUAUUUUCUUUUUGUUUGUAAAUGCAAAGUUGUUGUAAAUUCUUUUAAGUGAUUACUAAUGUUAAUUAUUUUUAUUACGGAAAAAGAAAUGUUCAAAUUUCUGUACUUUUUUUUAUUCUGAAAAAAAUAAAAAUAAAACUUGGGUUCUA